AUGGACUACAGACCCUCUCCUAACUUCCAGCCUCAUCUGGCUGGCUUUUGCUAUGGGGGGUCCCAGACAGGGCCCCUGGGGGCAAUCCCAGGGGGACCCACUAAGGGCAGAGAGGAGUCUCCUCCCACCGCCCGCCGCCCCGUCGCAGUGUGCCAGCAGGAGAGCCUGUCCUUUGCUGAGCUCCCAAGUCCCUUUGAGCUGGGCCCCUGGCCUCUGGAGGUCCCUGCCGCUCCUCCUGGGCUGCUGUGGCCGCUUCCUGUGGGGGCUCAGGACGCCAGGCUCCCCGCCGGGAAGCCAUCAGCCUUUGGAGACGAUGCCCUCAGUGAAUUCCUCGGAGGACCCCGGAGCCCCCAGCAUCCAGAACCCCAACGCCGCACCAGCCUCAGUUCUGAGAAGGAGAAAUCUGCCUGGAGGAAGAUGCGCGUGUAUCAGAGUGAAGAGGCCGCAGGGAGCCCCGGCCCCGAGGAUGACGCCGUCUUCCCCGAGGCCGGGGCCGGGGACCCUCGGCCGCAUCCUGCUUUGGAACUGCCACGGGCCCUGGAGAUGGCAGUGCCCUCCCGGGUGGGCACCAAAGAGCCAGAGAGGAGACGUUUCUCGGCAUCCGAGCUGAUGAACCGACUUCAGUCCGCCCAGAGAAAGGCCACGUUCUCCCUGCGCCUGGGCAAGGGCCUGACCAAGGACCGAGGGGUCUGGGCUGCCAGGGAAGGGAGAACCCCUGACAAGGAACAGAGCUGCUUGGAGACAAGGUUGGAUGACUUCGUGCCCCCAGCCCUGAGUGGUCCUGCUGAGAGAGAUGGCCGCUGGCCCGGUACCAGGCCUGACCCUGUGGAGGAAGCAGCCCCCAAAGCUUGGAUACCUCAUGAGCGGCGCCAGUCACGUUUCCUCCUUAAUUCUGUACUGUAUCAGGAAUACAGCGACGUGGCCAGUGACCGGGAGUUGCAGCGGCAGAAACACGAGGAGGAUGCCUUGGUGGAGGAGGCAGAGGGGGAGGAGGAAGGGCCUGGCCCACCCCGGGCCAACCUGUCCCCAAGCAGCUCUUUCCGUGCCCAGCGCUCAGCCCGUGGCUCCACCUUCUCCCUGUGGCAGGACAUCCCAGACGUGCGGAGCAGUGGCCUUUUGGCCAUCAUUGGCCUUCAGGAGUGCAAGCUACAAGAGGCCAGGUUUGAGCUGAUCACAUCAGAGGCCUCCUACAUCCACAGCCUCUCUGUAGCCGUGGGCCACUUCAUGGGCUCCACGGAGCUGGCCGAGUGUCUGGGAGCCCAAGAAAAGCAAUGGCUAUUCUCCAAGCUGCCGGAGGUCAAGGCCACGAGUGAGAGGUUUCUGUUAGAGCUGGAGCAGCGACUGGAGGAGGACAUACUUCGCUUUUGUGUGUGUGACAUCGUCCUACGGCACUGCCCUGCCUUCCGGCGUGUCUACCUGCCUUAUGUCACCAAUCAAGCCUACCAAGAGCGCACCUACCAGCGACUGCUACUGAAGAACCCCAAGUUUCCUAGUAUUCUGUCCCGGUUGGAAGAGGCCCCCAUUUGCCAGCGCCUGCCUCUUACAUCCUUCCUCAUCCUGCCUUUCCAGAGAAUCACCCGCCUGAAGAUGCUUGUGGAGAAUAUACUGAAGAGGACUGGGCAAGGCUCACGGGGUGAGGACAUGGCCACCAAGGCCUUUAAUGAACUCAAGAAGCUGGUCCAGGAGUGCAAUGCAAGUGUGCAGUCAAUGAAGAGAACGGAGGAACUCAUCCAUCUUAACAAGAAGAUUCACUUUGAGAGUAAGAUAUUCCCACUGAUCUCCCAGUCCCGAUGGCUGGUGAGGCACGGGGAGCUGGCGGAGCUGGCGCCCCCCGCCAUGCCUGCCGCCUCCGCCACCAAGCCCAAGCUCUCCAGCAAAGCCAUCUACCUGCACGCCUUCAACGACUGCCUGUUGCUCUCUCGGAGGAAGGAGACGGGGAAGUUCGCCGUCUUUCUUUAUGCCCGGAUGCCCGAGAUCCGGGUGAAGGACCUGAGCUGGCAGCCGCAGGGAAUCCCAGGCCAGGUCUUUCUGCUCCAGUUCCUUCAGAACUGCCAGCCCAAGAACCAGCUCCUUCUGAGGGCUCAGACAGAAAGUGAGAAGCGGCGAUGGAUCUCGGCCAUGUGCCCUCCCAGCUCCCAGGAGGACAAAGAUGCCAUCGGUGAGAACGAAGACGUCCCCCAGGUGCAGUGCAUCAAAGCCUAUAAAGCCCAGCAACCGGACGAGCUGACCCUCGAGAAGGCCGACAUCCUGGCUGUGAGGACCAGGACCAGCGAUGGGUGGCUGGAGGGACUCCGCCUGGCCGAUGGUGAGAGGGGCUGGGUGCCCCAGGCCUACGUAGAUGAGAUCACCAGCCGAAGUGCCCGUCUUCGAAACAUCCGGGAGACCAGGAGGAUUGAGAGUGCCACCAACAAGCUCCAGGGAAUUGCUGCGUGAUGGAUUAGGGAGUGGGAGCUCCCUGAAGGCUGUGACCUUUGACUGGCCCGAGAGGCUCCACGACCCUCCAUCCCACCCCACUGGCCUCUGUGCUCUAGACACUGCCCUCCCCUCAGCCUCUACUGGAGCCUCCCCACGAGGCUCUGAGACGGGGCACCCACCCUGGCCUGGAGGAGCUUGUCUGGCUGGCAGAUGACUUGAUGGGAAUGUCCUCUGGCUCCUUUAGCCUUCGCUUCCUCAAGGAUGCCUGGGAUGGUGGGAGCAAUGGCAAGUCUGUCAGCCUCUUCCAUGUAAAGUGAGCUCAGGGAGCUUGGACACGUGACCAGUGAACCCCCAAACUGCUUUAGUGACUGAGGUGGGGAAGGAUGUGGAUGGAACCUGCUGAAUGGAUUCUUCUUCCUUGACAACCCAGGCUGAGCUGGGCAUUCUGUAGAAUUAAAU